UUGGCGGCCGGAACGCCCCGGUUCUGGCCUGUACUGCCCGGGAGGCUCGGCCCGCGGGGCCCUGCGCCGGUGGCGGCACCGGCCGGGCGGAACCGGAGCGCUCGGGCGGGGAACGGCGGGGCCGCACCGGGACCGCCCGCCACGUGACCGGGGGGCGGCGGGAAUGGCACAUGACCGGGGCUGCGGCUCGGCUUUGGGGCACGGGCUCUUUGCUGCCCGCUCCCAGCCCAAACACAGGCCCGUUCCCAGUGCCGUUACAGGGGGGAUCGGCCCCGCCCCGCUCCCGUCACACCGGCCAUGACCGACAGCGCCGGACACCGCUGCGCACGCGGCCCCGCCCCUUCCGGCAUCGCCUGCCCAAUGGGCGCGCAGGCCGCCGUUUAAAUGGCGGGGGCGGCCCCGGGCGUUGGUGCCGCCAUGGGCAGCGCUGAGGGCGCAGAUUGGGUUGAUGUUGCCAAUGAUCUUUGUAGGACCUGUCACAUAAACCAGCACAUAAAGCAUCUCUCAGAAUGUGGGGCUGACCUGUUUGUUCGUCUUUAUGAGUCAAUCUUAGGAGAAAAGGUACCAGAUUUCAUUGCUACUCCCAGAAGCCAAGAGGAUGAUGCACAUAAUGUGCAAGCAGUAAUAGAUUCCCUGGCAUUGGAUUAUUUACAGGUCAGCUUAUCUCACAUCACAGGUGAGAACAUUGUGAAAGGAGACAGGGAAUCUAUCAAAAACCUCCUCGAGAUAUUUGAUGGUUUGUUGGAGUAUCUUAGAGAAGUCAGUGAAACAUCUUCUCAGACUGGAGCUGAGAUAAAUGUGCUGUCCAGUGAUGAAAUUCAAAUUGCACCUCAAGAGCAGCUGGAAAGCACUGCUGAUCAACUUACAGAACACACACUACUCUCACCAGCUGAAAGGUCCCAGUCAGAAUAUUUCAUUCUAACUUGUGAUACAGAUGGCUCAGGAUCUACCAGUGAAUUAAUUAAACUUGGAGAUACUGCUUAUUCGUUUUCCAAGAGAGGGGAAGCAGGAAAGGACACGGAGGAAGAAGAAUCUGAAAGCACAGAGGCUCUUCUAGCAUUGCCCAGAGAGUUCUCAGAAAGUGAAAGGGGGACUGAAAACCAAAGGGAAGAUGGAGGGCUGGAGGCUGUUCCUGAAGCUCCCCAGGGCAGUUUGGGUGUCAGUGCCACCAAACUGGGGGAGCCCAUCCAGCCGGCGAUCCCUCUGCUGCCGCCGUUCCAGCCCUCGCAGCCGGCCUGGAGAGAUCCCCACAGAGCAGCAGCCCUGCCUGGCACAGGGGCACUGAACGUUCCUGCUAUUGAAAAGUCACUUACCCAAAAAUUUCCUGAUGUUUCUGAUGGUCUUCCUCUAUCCAGAAAAAUCCCUGGAGGCACAGUGCCAUUAACUCACACUUGCCUGUCAUCUGCUUCUGCACUGGGAGAAAUGCUGGGAGGUGAUGCCAAGGACAAAGUGACAAAGGUGCCUCUGGUAUCUGAGUCUUCAAUAUCUGCCUCUUCUGAGGAAAAGCUCUCACAAGAAACUGAACAAGUAACACAAACCCCAAGACCUGAGUCUCAGCACUGGCCUAGAACAACAAGCAGAUAUGAAAAUUCCACCCCAGAUUCAGUUGAAGAUUCACUUUCCCACAGAACAGCCAAGGAGCAGGAGUUCCAUGAAGCAUCAGAAAAUCUGUCUCGCAGGCUGAAGGAACUGGAUUUGAUGUUGAAGAGAGCUUUGGGUGAGCCCACAGGAGGAGGGGAGCUGCCAGAGGAGGACAGCCUGUCCCACCACAGUGACAGUGCCAUGGACUAUGGCCCAAGGACAGCUGGGAGAGACACACCACGCCCAAGGUACCCAGGCAGGCCAAGGUCCCUCUCUCCAGCCUCUCCCUUGUCUCAGCACCAGGAACAGAAACAGAGGGGCAGGGGAACGGGCCAGAUAAAGACAAUCCUCAGCCACCUGCAGCAGGAAAGGGAUGAAAGAACAAGAAAAGCCAAGCUGGUCUCUAAAGCUUAUGAAAACGAGCUGAGAAUUUUUGAAGCGAGGGAGAGGCAAAGAAUUUCCAAGCUCAGAGAAGCUGCCAAGGAAGUGGAACAAGAGUGCAAAGAAAAUGUCUUUCAAGAACCUCCAAAAGUGUCUCAGCCAGUGAAAGUUUAUUCUAGAAAAACCACACCUCAGUAUCCCAAACACAGCCAGUGGAUUCCAAAACGAGGGAUCAGGAAGCCAAAGCAAGCAGCUCCAAUGACAAUAAGAGACAAUGACCUCCUCCUGCAGCUCCUGGAGGAGUUUCCCCACCUGCACAUUUCCUCCCAUACUCUGGAGAAAAUGUGGCACCAGCAGCUGGCACAGACUGAGCACCUCAAGGCACCCUCUGCCAGACCUAGACCAAAAGUGCAGACUGAAGUUGAACAAGCCUUGAAGAAACAUGAGCUGCUUGCUGCAAUUAUCAAGAGAGAUCAAGAUCACAGCAAGAGACUGCACGAAAUGAAGCAGCGCAUCCAGCGGCAGAGGUGGGCUCAGAACAAGGUGACCGAGCGGCGGCAGCAGGCGGCGCGGGCCAGGAAAUACUGCGAGGAUUACCGGGUGCAGCUGCGGGCCAGGCUGCUGCGGGCCCGGGCACGCCAGGAGAGGAUAUUUAAAAAGUUAUUUGAAGAAGGCUUGGAAAUCCAGAAGCAAAGACUGAGGGAGCUGAGGGUUUAUGCUCGAGAGAAGCGCGAUGAGCAAUGGAGGGAGCACCAGGCUGAGCUGGAGUCCCUGGAGAACUACUACAGAGAUCAGUUCUCCAUGCUAGCAGAAGCUCUAUCUCAAGAAUUCCAAGAAAUCCAAACCAGAGAGAAGGCACAAGCACAAAUGCUACAAAAAUCAAAAAACGAAGUGAGAUCAAAGAUGGAGAAGGAAAUACAGCAGCUGCAAGCAGCAAUCAUGCACAAUGAUGAUGACACCUUUUUUCAAGAACUGGAGGCAGACAGACUGAGAUCCAGGCUUCAGAUGGCUUCCUUCCAGUACAGCCAAAGCCACUUCUUUUGACUUGGGUAAAUGUCACUGCAGCCCUCCUGGCUAAGAUGAUCAGUCUUUGGGUGUGAGGCUGUUUUAUUUCUCUAAAAUAUCUGUUGUGUCAUUUUGACCUGUCAGGAGUGGAGCUGCUGGGGUCUGGGAUCUCCACAGCCCUUUUAUGAUCACCAAUAAAAUUUCUGAACUGCUUUUUACCUUC